GGCUUUCAGGUGCUGUGCGACCUCCACAACGGCUUUUCGGGGGUCGGGUCCAAGGCAGUGGAGCUGCUGCAGGAUGAAUACACGGGAAAAGGCAUCCUGACUUGUGGGCUGACGCCUGUGCUUCCGUCCAGGGUCCCCCCCCACCGGAACUUCUACCGGCUGAUGAACACGGCUCUGGGCAUCGUCCGUCUUUCCGGCCAGAGUUCCCUCUUCUGCCCUCUGUCGCUGAACGGAAGCCUGGGGCUCAGACCGGGCGGCCCCGUGGCCCUGCCGAACCUCCAGUACGAGCCGUCUCUGGAUUAUCACACGAGCGCCAUUCUUGCCACCGCCCUGGACACGAUGACCGUCCCCUACCGGCUCCAGAACUCGGACAUCACCAUGUCCAACCUGACCGAAACCCUGAAUUUCUCUGGAAGGAAGGUCGCAGAGGCCUCGGCCGCUCUGCCUUUCUCCGUGAUGGAAGACCAGUCCCUUCCCGACGCGUUGUACAACCAACAACCUAGCGCGGCCUGGUGUCCGUUGUCGUCUUGCGGCGACCGAAGCGAUGCCGGCUGCUUCGCGCAGUCGGUUGUGUUGCGAGGGAUCGGCAAACGGCAACAAGUGAGCAACGCCCCUCCAGGAACCGAACCCAAGUCCAUCCUUCACAUGUGCGAGACCGGCCAGGAAGUGCUGGCCCGUUACUUACACACCGUCUCUCCUCGGACUCUGAGCACUUCUCUUUUGCUGCAAAGACCCUGCAAGCUUUUGGCUCCGUACCCCCAGUUUUUCUCGCCUUUCCUGAACAAGCACGGAUUUCUGUCGGAGAAGCCAUUGUACAGCCCAGCAAAGGUCGAAAGCAUCCCCGUCUUGGCGGCCUUCCGGUCCUCGGCAGCCUUAUACCGGACCCUGGAUGACUUUUACCGAGAGCUGCGCGGAACGGACUUGAGACGCUGGGCGAGUUUCUUCUCCGCUGGGGUGGAGAUGGACGACUUCCAAGAGGUGCUGGAGGAGCUGCGGACGCUGUCCCUUUGCUACAAGAAAAGCAGCCUGGACGAAAAUUCGGACGACGAUACGGACUGAGCUGGUUUUUCGGAGAUGCCACGGACCCUUCUCGCCGCACGUUUGAAACCAGAGAAAUAAAAACUUGCCGAGAACGCCUCUCCUCCUUUGCGUGUUU